CAUUCUGUCGCGGUGCAGUGGAGGAAAAAGAGUGAAAAUUCGGCUGGAAAAUGCGGAAGUACCAGCAAUUGGCGCUGGUGAUCAUCUCCCUGAUCAGCAUCAUGGUGCUUAUCAUGUACAGGAAUGAGAACAGCAAGCUGCGCUACAUUCUGGAGGUGGUGAACUUCUUCGGGCGCACGGAUGCCGCUGCCCUGGUCAGGAUCGAGAAUAGCACGACCUUCUCCCACAUCGCCGCGGACUUCGCCACGCCGCUGCCCAUGUGGACUCGCCUGGGCAGUGAAUUCCACGCCUACUCGUCCUUCUGGACGAAGAACAGCUUCAGCGCCGGCGGCGAAGUUGUCACACUCGUCGUGGGCUUGCGACACGCAAUCGUCAACUUCCGCUGUCAAUUGCAGUUCCCCGGACAUGCCAGUCUCAUGUCUGGGAAGUUUGAGUUCGCCCGCGAGGAGUACAACGAGGUGGCGUCCGGCAGUGCUGAGGAAUUCCUCAUGUAUCGCUUCCUCUGCAAGGUUUCCCGGGACUUUGGGACGCCUGAGACUGUCGUCUUCGUGAACACGACGUCUCAGGCUGAACACGUGCUGCCCAUCCGAAGUGGGCGCAACAACACACUCACGCCCAGAACAUCUCUCGUGGCCUGCGUCGACAUGGUGUCUUCCACGCUGCCCAAAUCGUCCGGGAAGUCGCUCCACAUUCCCGAGCGCGACAUUCUGCAGUACUUCAUCCACCACCAGAUUGUGGGCAUCGACGAAUUCAUCGUCUACGACCACUAUCACAUCACAGGCCACAUCCGGGAGCUCCUGUACAGACACGGCAUCAAGAUCUCCAUUCUGCCGUACAACUUUCCCUUCACCGUGACGGCGGACGUUCAGAACAGAGUCUUCCUCGAGACGGAUUGCCUCCUGCGCACGAGCCACGACGCUAACUUUGUCCUCCUGGCGAGGAUCAACGAGUACUUCUACCCCACGGCGAGCCUUAAGCGCUCAAAAACCCUCUUCAAGGCCUUAUCGUCGCAUUCGGCGGACAUCCAGCGCUUCGCGGUGACCACAAAGACUGUCUGCACGGAAGACAGCGUCCGGAUAUUGGCUGAGAACCACCAAUAUGAUCCCAACGCGAAGAUUCUCCACCCAUUCAUUGUGUACCGAAUGGAAGCAGGUGUUGUGGAGAACGUGAAGCUGUUGGAUUUGGAUCCACACGUGGCCAUCGUUCAUCGGUACUCGCGGUGCUCCAACAAGUCCUCCUCCAGCAGCCUCAUUGACUGGCGAACGACACUCAAGACCGAUCACUACAGCUACGUGAUGAAGAUCACGGAGGAACUGCGGAAGGUACUGUGAAUUACGUUAAU